GAGCGCACCCAUGGAGCGACUGCUGCUGUGCCUGGCUCUGUUCUCCAUGGCGUCCUAUGCCAUGCUGUGCCCCAAACGCUGCACCUGCCAGAACCUGCUGCCCUCGUACACCGUGCUGUGUGCCAAAACCGGCCUGCUCUUCGUGCCGCCUAAUAUCGACCGGCAGACCGCCGAGCUGCGACUGAUGGAUAACUUCAUCACCACCCUGCGCCACCAAGACUUCGCUAACAUGAGUAGCCUCAUACACCUCACGCUCUCCCGCAACACCAUCAGCCAGAUCCAACCGUACGCCUUCACCGACCUGCAGGAUCUGCAUGCGCUGCAUCUGGAUGCAAACCGGCUCACGGUGCUAGACGACACCCAUCUGCAGGGGCUUGUGAAUCUGCGCCACCUUAUCCUCGCUAACAACCAGCUUCACAGCAUCUCCGACGGAGCCUUCCAAGACUUCCUAGAAACUCUCGAGGACCUCGACCUUUCUUACAACAACCUGAUGGACGUGCCGUGGGAAACUAUAGCCAUGCUAGCCAGCGUCAACACCCUCAGUUUGGACCACAAUCUCAUCGAGUUUGUUCCCGAAGGGAUAUUUUCGAAUCUUCAUAAACUCGCCCGACUUGAUAUGACGUCCAACAAGCUGAAGAAGAUCCCCCCAGAUCCUCUGUUCCUACGGAUCCCCGUCUACGCCAAAAUGAAAGGCUCGCCGCUGACCGCGUUGGUUCUCAGUUUCGGCGGGAACCCGUUGCAUUGCAAUUGCGAGCUGGUUUGGUUGCGCCGCCUGACGCGGGAGGACGAUCUGGAGACGUGCGCGUCCCCGCGAGACUUGGCCGGCAAGUACUUUUGGACGAUUCGCGAGGAAGAGUUCGUCUGCGAGCCGCCUAUGAUCACCCGACACACUUCCAAGAUGUUCGUAAUGGAGGGUCAAGAGGUUAGUUUGCGAUGCCGCGCCGUCGGAGACCCCGAGCCGACCGUCCACUGGGUCAGUCCGGACGGGAAGCUAAUCGGCAACACCUCACGCACCGUAUGUUACGAGAACGGCUCUUUGGAUAUCUUGACAGCCACGGUUAAGGACUCCGGUGUGUUCACCUGCAUAGCCUCGAAUGCGGCCGGCGAAGCCACGGCUCCUGUGGAAUUAGUCGUGAACCCUUCGCCGCAUUACGACCCCAAACUCGAGCCGGAGCUGGGGCCCUCAGACAUGCCAACGUCCAUAAAGUCCAACAGCAGUGGUAGCGGUGGCCAGACUCGAGCUGAUCAGCGGAUCAGCGUCUCAGAAAUAACCUCAAGCUCUGCGAUGAUCCGCUGGCCUCCGCAAAGCCAAAUCCCCGGAGUUCGCAUGUACCAGAUCCAGUACAACAGCUCCACCGACGACAUCCUCAUAUACAGAAUGAUUCCCGCCUCCCAUAAGUUGUUCUUACUGAGUGAUCUGGCCUCGUCACGGGACUACGAGCUCUGCGUCCUGGCCGUCUAUGAUGACGGCAUCACGGCUCUGACCGCGACGCGGCUGGUGGGCUGCGUGUCCUUCUCCACGGAGCGCGAGUUUCGCCACUGCCGCUCCAUCCACGACCAGUUCCUCGGUGGCACCAUGAUCAUCAUCAUCGGCGGGAUCAUCGUGGCGUCGGUCCUCGUCUUCAUCUUCAUCCUGCUGAUGAAGUACAAGCUUCACAGCCAGCACUACAAGCAGAAGGCGGCUCUCGUCAGUAAUGUUUGUUCUCAGACCAACGGUGGCCAGCAGGGGGCGGCAUCCUGUCCUCCGCCGCGCUCGUCCUCGGGGUCCUCCAGCAAGCCUUCCGUCCCGCUCGGGUCGGACAGACAAGAAGGGUCCCACGGCCUGGAGGGGGGUUACGGAGCACUUAAAGGGACCACGGUAGUGGACUUGAACCCGGAAUACGGGAAAUCGGUCAAAGAGGACGACUCCAUUUCGCAAUAACACAGGGUUCGAUCCCACCUCCCUUCCCAUACUCUUCACAUCUCAACUCAUUCUGUUUAUUUUCUGUUGUCGGCGUCCUGCAGCCUUACAGAGGAUUUUCUCCUGU